GUUGUUAAAUGAAAAUUUUGUCAAAUCAGUUAAAUCAUCUAACAACUCUCGAUUAUCAAUUUUACGUACGGGAGUUUCCACCUAAGAUAUUGAUUGGAGACAUAACGAUGUGGCAAUGAUGGUGACGUUGAUAUCCAGAAAACAGUGUGCCAAUAUCUGUGGUGGAUUGUGGGAAUUAAAUAAGAAUAAUAAUAAUUAUUGAUUAAUGAUUAAUGGGCAACGGUAUUGAAAGUUUUACGUACCUCACUCGCACACACUGAAAUGCAAUAAUAAUAAUAAUAAAUAAUAAUAACCCUCCCUCUAUUUCUUCGCCGAAUGCAUUUGCAACCACAACUAUCUCCAUUCUUGAUUCAGAGGGGUAGCAUUACGUUGCUGCUGCUGUUGUUCUUGAAAAUCCAAUGAAUACAGAGGAGACAUUGGUCGUAAAUUGAUAAGUAUGAUAGCAAGAGAAAGAAAAGGAAGUGGCGUUGACGCUAAGAUUGAAGAAGUUGUUGGAGUGUGAAAGAGAGAGAGUGGGCGGUACAAGGUGGCCCAGAUGCAGAUGCAGAUGCAGACUUGCUUCUUGGUUGCAGUUCACUCCGUUCUUGGCUUCUACCACCGCUUUCUCCGAAUUACCCUCGCACUCAUGGAUUUCCCUUCCACAAUCCGAUUCAUCGCUCAGGCCAGCGAGGUCAGUUGCGGUUUCAUCCUCCUCGGUUACGUUUCUAGAAUCUUCAACAUCCUUGGUCUCAUCUUGAUCCUCUUCUUCACCCUCAAGAUCUACCGCAUCUCUCAUCCCAAUUCCAAGGCUCUCAAGCAUUUCCCUCCGUACUAUCCACCGCCCAGAUCUCCUCCCGCUCCUGCCCCAGCCCCCGCCCCUAAGAUUCAUCACGCUGUCGACGCUGACAUCCCCAAACCCUCGUCCCGGAAGAAGUCUCAGAUGGAGGACACUCUCGAUGACAAGGAGGACCACGUUGAAGAUGAGGUGUUCGACGUAAUGGCGCUGAGAAAUCUCGUCAAGUUUGAGAGGCAGAGGUUCAGUGCUGCCUGUGCUGAGAUCGAGAAUGAGAGGAUUGCGGCUGCCUCCGCUGCUGAGGAGGCCAUGGCCAUGAUCCUCCGGCUGCAGAAUGAGAAGAGCGCCAUUGAGAUUCAGGCCAAUCAGUUUCGGAGGAUGAUGGAUCAGAAACAGGACUAUGAUAAUGAGGUCAUUGAUAACUUGAGAUGGUCCAUUGUCCAUCAUGAGAAUCAGAAGUCUUUGUUGGAGGAGCAGUUGGCCAUUUACAGGGAGAAGCUCAGGCAGUUCUUGACUGAUGAUGAGAUUGACCUGCUUGAUGGCUCUGAUAACCCUAGAGGUGGAUUCUUGGAUUUUGCUAUUGAGUACGAUGUUGAUAAUGCUGAUGUUGAUGAUCCUGGUUCGGGGCCUGAUAAUGUUUAUUCAGAAAAUGAUGAUGAUCAUUCCCGUAAUGCUUAUUCAGAAAAUAAUGAUCAUGAUGAGGAUCAUGCCCGUAAUGCUUUUUCAGAAUAUGAUGAUAAUGAUAAUGAUGAGGAUGAUGCUGGUAAUGCUUCUUCAGAAAAUGAUGUUGAUGCCGGUAAUGUUUCUUCAGAAAAUGAUGUUGAUGCUGGUGAUGCUUCUUCAGAAGCUGAUAAUGAUGACGAUCGUCAUCAUGCUUGACUUGUAAUUUCCUCAGGUGGAGAGCUAAUUGGAACAGGAACUGGAACUGGAAAUGAAAAUUGAAAUGCUUUUCAGAUGGGUUUUACUAUUUCUUCUGAAAUUGUAGUUAUGCUGCAUAUUUAAUAUUCUAUUUUAAUAAGGUUGAACGACUAAUAAAGUGUAUAUAUGUUUCUUCUU